UUGACAUUAAAAUAAAGAGAGAGAGAGACAGAGAGAUAGACAGACGAACAGACAGACACAGGUAGAGGAAAAAAAUUUUUUAUAAAAUGCAAUACACUCUGCCGCGUUUUCUCUUUAUGCUUUAAUUACGUAUAUCAGGGCAUUCGAAGUAAUUGUAAUCGUAGCAUCAGGCACGUUUAGUGAAGCCUAAUCUGUAAGGAAUUUAUUAAAGAAAAAAAAGAAAAAAAAAGAACAAAAAAAGUCUGUGAACUAAUCGAAUUAACGGCCUUUGGUACGCUAUGAAUACAAAACCUUAGCCAUUAAUUCAGUGAGUGACUGUGAAACUGUGUUCAACUUGUUUUUUCUUAAUGAUUAGCUAUAUAUCAUCAUUGAAAUGCGCUUUUGAAAAAAUCCGAUCGCACAGUGGGCAAAAUUUUUAGCAAUGGUAAUACAUACUUUUACUACGUUGUACUUCAUGUACAUACAUAUAAACAUACAUACACACCCCUGCUGUGUUAGCUUCAUCAGAAAAGAAAAAAAGUUAUAAAAAGAUAUUAAUUACUGCCGAUUACAAACCCAUUUUUCCCGGUAUCGAAUUAACAACAACAACAAAAUAUCUAUUUUCGUUUCAGUAAUUUAUACUCUGUUGCGAGGUUUGGAAGUGAUCUUUACAAUUUGUACAUGGGGAUUUACUAUUACAUCUAUAUUAAUUACGAUUUAAAGAUUGUAUAUAAAUCAACCUCAACCAUUCUUAUAGUAGACGUGAUUGUUGAAUACCAAAUGAAACUCGAGAAUUACUUUCGAAUACUUUUGCAUGAUACGAUAAAACAAUAAAGUCACACAAAGUGUUAUUUCAUUUCAUUUCCACCGAUAAUUUAGAAGAUUAGAUUUCCCUGAUUAGCUAGAAUGCUAUUUUGUUUAUUUUUUGAAUUGAAUAUUCGUGUAAUAUAUUUCGAAUUUAAUUUAUAUUAAACUUCUUUAAAUUUUCAUGAAAAUUUUCUUCAUUCGUUAAAUUCUAUGUAAAUUUUAUUAUAUAAACUCAUCAAUGAAAUAGUAAUUACAGUAAUCAUUGAAGCAAGUUUUACAUAAAUGUACAUCAUAUAUAUCUAAUACAAAAUAAACUAAUUUUUUAUGGCUAGGUAAUAAGAUUAUACUAAAUUAAUCCUAAUCUUGGAUCUCUCAAAAAAUUCAUCUAUCAUGUUAUUUAUGAAAUUUUAUUUUAUAAAAUCAGAUAAAUUCAUUUAGCUUUGAGCUUAGAUGACUUAAAAAUAAUAAUUUUUUAAUAUCUAAAAAAAUCUUAGUGCGUGGAAGUGAAUAAAAAAUAUCAAAAUAAAAAUCAAAUUUAAAUUUAAUCAAUUUAGAGAUCAAUUGGUUUAUUUCGCAUUAUUUUUACACAUCGAUUAAUGAAGAAAAAAAGAGAUUCAUUAAAAUUCAAAAUAGAACAAGAUAAUUAUAUAUUUAAUAAUCAUCUUAAUAUUGUUUCUGUAUUAAUAAACAUAAAACUCAAAGUGCAACGUGAUUAAAAAAUGCGAAGGAGUGGAGAGGAUAACCUUAACUGCGCAGUAUGUCAUGACAGUCAUGUUCAGAAAAAAGGACUGGGAGGAGGAGAAGGAAUUUUAUUUUCAAGAUAUUAAAUAUUGAUAUACAUUUUUAAGAUUUAUUUUUAAUUAUGAAAUAGCUGUUUUAUUAACGAUUUAAUAAUUUGAUAUUAUUAUAGUUUCUAGGAAAGUAAUGUCAGAAAAGAAAGUUUUUGUAACAGUCGGUACAACAAGUUUUGAUGAUUUAAUUUCAACAAUAUUAAAUCAUGAAGUACUUGAGGCUUUAGCUUUGAGAGGUUAUAAUUAUUUAUCUCUGCAAAUUGGUAAAAGUUCUUUAGAACCUGAUUGCACACCUCGAUAUGGUAUCAAUCAUAUUGAGUAUUUUCAUUUAAGCUCAUCUAUUGAAGAUCAUAUACAGGCAGCUGAUUUAGUAAUAAGUCAUGCUGGUGCAGGAAGUAUUCUAGAAGCUUUGGAAGCUCACAAACAUUUAAUUGUAGUUACUAAUCAGUUACUCAUGGACAAUCAUCAAUUAGAGUUAGCACAGCAAUUAUAUGAAGAUAAGCAUUUGUAUUAUUGCACUUGUGAUACUUUAUUGAAUACUAUUCAAACAAUGGAGUUACAUAUAUUAAAACCAUUUAUAUCUGAUGGAAGUAAAAACAUCAUUAAUCAUCUGGAUCGUAUCAUGGGUUUUAAAUAAAAUAAAUAUGAUUUUUAUAGUUAAUAACUAAAAUAAUUAAGAAUUAAAAUAUUUUUAACAUACAUAUGUUUUUAAAGUUUAUAAAAUUAUAAAAAUAAUAAAUUUAUAAAAUAUAUAAAAAUGAUA